CUAACGGUAAUACCUCUCCUAACGGUAAUUAAACGUCGGCUAUUUAUUCCACGUAUCGUGCUUAUGCAGUAAUCGGAGCACCCUCAACAUAUUCAGGACGUUCAAUAACGAAAGGAAGUGAAUAUAAAGAUUCCUUGCUGCUCUUUCGGGCAGAGCUGUCACUGUGGCAGAGACAGACAGACACACGGACAGAUAUACAUCAUGCCUCGGUCUUUCCUAAUACGUCGAUGUGAGGCCAAGAAAAGAGGACUGGAUUCAACGGACGUCACUGAUAUAAACAAGAAUACAGGAGCAGACGAUAUCUUGGUAGAAGAAGAUGAUGGGGAAUCUUUCACAGGUGAGGAAGGGUACACUGCCGCCAAGAAACCGAAGCUUACAGAUGAAUGGACCAACGACCAAAGUGAAACUCGUCUCAAGAUACACUCGCAAUCAACGAGUAGCGAUUCCAGUGGCUAUGGCAGUCUAAUCACGGACGAAUCUUUGCAGGAGUCCACUUCCACCGCACGAAGUCCCCCUGUUUCAGCGGAGGAGUCCAGUAUCAGCUCGCCUCAUGAUCCACAUCGCUAUAUGCUAGACAUGCCAAACACAUUUGUUCCGUUUGCUCCACUAGUGUCAAAUCGACUCGCAGAACACCACAGUAUUCCCUUAGUGUUUAAUUCUACACCUAAAAUGAAAGACCCCAGUGCAUUUUGUGAUCAGAAAUUGAUUUCGCACAUCGCCCGACCAUGGGUGCAUUCACCGAUACCCGUUCGACUGAUCAACCAGGCUCGUGUGGCCUGCUUUACCCCACCUCCGUCGUCUUGUGGUAGUUCAGUGGCCAUGGCAAAUCUCUGGAAACCAGCAAGUGCUCCAACUAGUCCUGCAGCAGAAAUGUUCACGUCGACGCCUGUGGCAACCUCUUUACACAGAAGCAUGCAGCGGUCAUCCGCACCAGCACCAGUGUCGCGAGACGACUACCAACAGUCCAGACCAUCCGAGCACCCAAUUCUUUUCGCCAGAUCCAGUCCCGUCAACGAGCAGUUCUACCGAACACAAACAUUACCAAAUGACGUUGCUAUCAAAGACCUUUCUAUCAAAGACCUUUCUAAACCUGUUGUGCAUACGUCUUUCGGAGUGGUUCGCAGUGGUCCCUAUCUGUCGAGUCAGUUGCCGUUUGUCAGACCAUUACCCGUCAGGAAUCAACAACCUUCGCCCACUCCGGUGUCGAGUGUUCCAUCGGUGGGUCGGCUGCCGCUGGUUGGCACUGACUAUUCAGUCAUACCUCCACGCUUCCCAAGCCCGUUUCCAAGAGUGGUUUCUCCGCUGAACAUGUCUGUGGUCGAAACCAGCAGCAGUGCUACUCAUACUCACCAAGUGCCAACUGUUGAAUACGCAGAAUUGAGAGAGAGGUCGGAGUCGAAGACGAGUUCUAAAAACAUGCAACACGUACCCGUUAAAACGUCGAGCCAGCCAGUUGUUUGGAACGUCCAGAGUCCAGCUACGCGAAACUAUUUGCCAAUAAAUUGUGUUUACAGACCAACCUUUCAGGUAAAGCCUGAAAUGGUUGUAAAACGAGAACUACCCGUAGCUGUGACGUCUACAGACUUGGGCAGACGUGAAGCUAGCCAGCGGUUGGAGAUUCAGGACAGACAUGUAAUGCGGAUAUCGCCACACAUGAAUAAGGAGAACACGUUCGAGGCGCAGCCUCCUUCGAACAUCCCCCAGAACAUGUCGGUGAUUCCUUUCGAACCUCUGAGGUCAGUCUCAUCGUAUAACACGCCUCGACUUCCGCUAGCCGAUAUCAAGCCCAGUAACAAUCCCAACAACAAUCCAAACCACAAUGUCGGCAGACCAAGUCAUGUGAGGACCCAGCCAUUUCGGGCAGACGGCCAGUCUAGGAAAUAUCUAGUGUCUCAGAAACGAUUUGGUGAUGUGCUUGGUCCAGCUGAACCCUCCGGUCUCGGACACGGAGAAAGAAGCAGAGGGCCCUCGGGCAUUUCGUGGAGAGAGCAUGAGAAGACGUGGGAAGAAGAUCAAUGUCCGGUAUCCAAAGAAAAUUCUGCCUUGUCCCCGUUUGAAGAGGACAGCACAGUUAAAUCGGAGCCAACACUAUUGAAUUUGUUGAAUCAAUACACUACUAACGCCGGGGAGUUGGAAAUGAUAAACGGUGGUUACGGCAUCAAGAACCCCAAAUUCACAGAGAGGGACAGUAGAGACAGCUGCAUCAAAGACAAAGUUACGGUGACCGAAAGGUUUCAUCUUUCGGGAAAAUACAUGUGCAACGUCUGCCAGAAGGAGUUUGGUUUGCAGAAGACUGUCUCUUUUGAAGGUGCAAAUAGUUUCAUUUUUAAACUGACACAUAAAGAAGCCACAGUGCAACGACGUCAGAAGAGGUACCUCUGCUCAUUCUGUGUUAAACCGACACAUAGAUUCAACGAUACCUUUGACUUAAAGCGCCAUACUCGAAUACACACAGGAGUCAAGCCCUACAAGUGUCAACUAUGUAGCAAAGCUUUCACCCAGCGCUGUUCGUUGGAGUCGCACGCCAAGAAGGUGCACGGAUCGAACUUCCGGUUUGCCUACAAGGAGCGCCGCGACAAGAUGUACGUGUGCGAGGACUGCGGGGAGACAACUCGUGAUCCGGAAGCUCACUUCUUCCAUCUGAAAGACAAACACCCGAACUGUCCCGCACUGACCAAGUUCCACGACAAACGUCAGUUCAAAUUCGACAAGGAUCUGCCUCUUGCUGCAUUAAGACCUAAACACGAGAAUUCCAUGGCAGAAAACUUUGUGCGAUGAAGAGCGAAGUCCAUAUAUAUCCCGGUCACCUCCAAUUGGACAUACGUUUUAGUCUGUCUACAUUCAUAUAUGUAUUAGCUCUUUGACUUUCAUAUGUUUUUUUCUCUGUAAGUGAAAUAGCCAUAGCAGCAUAAUGACUGAAUUCAUUCCUAACUCGAUCCUCACUCAAGAACUGUUCCCAACUCCUUUUCUUUAUUUCUCCUUCUGAUAAAGUUUUCGAGUUGCUCCCUUUAAUGAAGUUGUUUGAAGCUUUAAAAAUGAGAACAGGGCCCGUGCUUAUAAAACUUAGUCUAGACUGGAAUAAAGUCCAGACUUUAACGUAAUGCUAUUUGAAUGGCGUUGCUAUGACGUUAAAGUCUAGACUUAAGGUUUAUACGCACGUGGCCUGGUGUAUACAAACAAAUUCGUUUGAUGUUGAUUUACCGGUGUUGAUUAUUUAAUUUAGACGGUUCGUAUGCAUAAUAAUGCUUUGUGUUGAUAUUCUAGUCAGUAAUUGUUGUUGAGUUAUUGUGUGCCGUUCGUUAUUUAAGAAUGUUGUUUUGUAUGAGUAAGAUAUUGAAUUCAGAUCAUCCUUAGCUACAAGGAAAAAAUCAGAAUUUAGUCAUGUUUUACAUAUUUAUUUAUACCCCGCACCCCGUUUUCAUCCUCCCAUAAUUCACUUGAUUUGUAUUGUUAUGUUAACGUUCAUGUUAUAUUUGAUAUAACUCUUUCCUGUUUCUCUGGAUUACCUAUUCCAUCUUUUUUUUUCAAUCUAGUGUUUAAAUGUAUAAGUAAAACUACCAUUUUCGCUCCAUCUAUUUCCAUUUCUUCAAUUUUGAUGCCUUCUUUAAAAGUUAAAUCUCCUUUUACUUAAAAUUUCAUUUCUCUUUUUUCAGAUAACAGUAAAUAUUCAAAAGACAAAUUAAUUUUAUUACUAAACUUUCAAUUACUGGAUUCACGUUUAUAUUUCUACAAAGCACAGGCCCGUAGGAACGGAGAUGGGGGGGAUGCUUUGCCGCCCCACUUUAAAACAUUUGUACGUUUCUUUGUUCUACUCCAUACAGAAAUAAAACUAUGGUUCUUGCCCACCACUACAGAUUGUGCCCCAUACUCCAGAUAUCGUUCCUACGGGCUUGAUGCAGCCUGUUAGUCCAUACAAGUUUUACAGUGAAACUACCCAGCAUAUACAUUAAUCGUAUAAGCAGUAUUGCCCAUCUACAGGUGUAUUAUAAUCUUUAUUUACCUCCACUGUCUCAUUCCCGUGAGAAUUGUUUUCUCUUUCAUCUCCAAACUUUUGGACUGUAUUCUUUAUGAAAUGGCCGUAUGAAUGUUUUGUUUUGUAUAAAUGGCAAAGUAGUGCUUCCUAAACGAGUAAAUCUGAAACGUGCGCAUGGAUCCGUGAAACGUUGUUUUGUUGUUUACUUUAUUCACCGUUUAUUGUUUUGUGCUUCUAGCACUAGACAUGUUAAAUAAUACUCAGCAUAAUUAAUUAAGGGCCAGUAGAUAUUUCGGCAUUUUUCUUCAAAUAUGUGUUGUUUUUUUUUGUUUGUUUUUUGUUUGUUUGUUUUGUUUGUUUGUUUGUUUUGUUUGGGGGUUUUUUGGGGGGGGGGGGGGGUAAAUACAGAUUCGUCAGUUGUAAGAUGUCGAUGUUGUGAAAUGCUCUUAAACUAAUGACUUAACAACCCAAUUAAGAGAAAACAAAAUGAUCAUCUUUACGAUCCAAUCAUCUUUACGAUCCAACGUGUAACGAAUUGUAACUGAUUACGCAUUUCGGUAAAUUCAUAAAUGUACAAAAAAACCACUACCGUGUGCAAGAUACUUGCCGUGUAUUAGUCAUCGGUGAUCAAAACUGAUAAAAUGAUUUGAGACUUGACAUAAAAUUACCAAACGUCUACUGACCCCUAAUUAAUUUUGUUGAGUAUAUAAUAGAAUAUUGUCUUUUCAAGUGUGAUUAAAACACGUGAAACGUCAUAGCAGUAUUACAGCACAUAUGCAUAUACACAUGGUCAGAUACAUGCACAUAUGUAGAAACUUGUACUCGCGCGAACGCACACACACACAACAGAAACGCAUACGCAUGCACGCACACGCCGCACACAUGACGAAUUACAUUUAUAUAACAAUUGUAAGAUAUUUAUUAUAUUUCUACAGUACAUAAUAAUAUACGCAAUUAUGCACAUCAGUCUCCAAACACGAAUUGUUUCAGAUUUAAUAACAUUUACAUAGCAAAUUAGCAUAGAAAUGUCUCUUUGGCUAGUGUGCAAUACUGACAAAUGUAUUACAUGCAUUAUUAAGUAGCUGUGUGUAUAAAUUAGUAUUCGUUUACCUUGUUACGCAGGGUUUGUAGAUUUAUAAUAGAUACUAACCCUUAAAAAACAAGUAUGAGUCAACUGAAAAGUAUUUACAAAUGCAAAAGAGCAUUGUAAAUAAUUAUGAAAGGAAAACGUAUUUGUGAAUGAUAAUGCACACUAAGCAUGGUAAGCAUAUAAAAAUGGGCCAGAAAAACCAAGGGCAAAUUGUGUAUUUUGUUUGUAUCAUUUAAAAGGGCAAUAUUUUUAAUGGCAAUUUCUGUUUUGACUUAGCCUUUAAUAGUCACAAUGUGUACUGCUUGAUUUGUGUUUGUUUUGUCUUAAUUUAUAAUAUUAUGAUGGUGCUGUAUCUCACUGUAUUAUUUCUGAGCAUUCUGUGCAAUACUAUAUUAAUAACGCUGCUAUAGUGUGUUUUCUUAACACUUAGAAACACUACACAACUGAAUAUAUUAAAACAAGCCUAACAAAUA